AUGUCUCCAUUGUUGCUGCGGUUAAUUACUUUAGUUUUGUUGGCUGAUUCCAUUGUUGAUUAUGGCCGGUCUUACGGGAUUGGGGUGGUUGGUGUGACAGCGAAACCAACUCGAUCACAUAUGCAGUUGGAUGGAGAUAGGAUUCUCAAGCGGGACGAUACUCCAACGGAUGUUUGUAAGCGAUGGUCACAACAGACUGCGGUGGUCAAUGGGACCAUGUAUAUCUACGGAGGAAGGUCGAUGACUGAUUCAAGUCAAAGCGAUAAUACUUGGAAUGAUGACUUUUUAACCCUCGAUUUAAAAUCCACUUGGGAUAUAUCAUCUCCCAAAUUCGCCGGCCUCCCCAGACCAUCUGGCCCCCCACCAGUAUCAAACGGAUACCUUUGGAAUUCCCUCGAAUCUCUGUUUCUAUAUGGCGGAGAGUUUUCGGAUAAUCCACGGAAAUUCCCAACGGCAUUCAGUUUAUGGGAGUACGACAUAUUAUCAUCUACCUGGAAGGAACAUGAGAACCCUCGUACGUCUCAGGGAAGCAAUUCCAACGUCGGUGAUCAGCCAGUUCAGCGGUCGGCAGAGGGUGCGGGCAUUACAGCUCUGGAGCUGGGAAGGGGCUUCUACUUUGGAGGACAUUUGGAUGGAUACACUACUGAAGGGUGGGAUCUCUCCGUCCCACGUGUGUAUCUGAAGUCGUUCAUCGAGUAUACGUUCCCUGGCUAUUCGAAUAACGAAGUAGAAAGCUUAAAGGGGGAUAACCCUGCCGGGGCGGAUGGUGCGUGGCGGAAUAUUACCGAGGGUGGACUCCAAGAGUCUGCAGGGUUUACCGAACGGGCUGAUGGAGUUUUGGUUUAUGUACCUGGAUUUGGAAAGCAGGGAAUUAUUUUGGGUCUUGCUGGCGGGACAAAUGCGACUUUCACGCAAAUGAACGUCAUCGACGUCUACGAUAUUGAAACUUCCACAUGGUACAAGCAAGCGACAAGCGGAGUAACGCCUGCGAUCCGAGUUAAUCCGUGCGCAGUUGCUGCAUCCGCGGCUGAUGGAAGCAGCACUCAAGUGUAUCUAUAUGCUGGGCAAAACCUAAUUCCCUACGGAAAACAGAUUCAAUAUGACGAUAUGUGGAUCCUCAGCAUCCCCAGCUUCACGUGGAUCAAAGUCAACACGGACGGCCAAUCCGUUCCCCCAGCCCGUGCAGGGCACACGUGCAAUAUCUGGAAUUCUCAGAUCAUCGUGACAGGCGGCUAUGUGGGCCAAGAUCUGACUUGUGACAGCCCUGGUGUUUACGUUUUUGAUGCAUCUGAGUUACAGUGGAAAACCCAAUACGCUGCACUCGAGGGAGGAAACUACUUAAACCAACAGGACUCACAGAAAAACGACAUGAGGGGCCUGAGUGGCAGCUACGGCUAUAAGGUCCCCAAGGCUGUCCAAAAGGUCAUCGGCGGUGAUGAUCAGGGGAAGGCAACCGUGACCGAGCCUGCAACUGCAGCCACAGACGGUCCCAUCGCGACAGGCAAACCAAUCACAUACACGGUGACAAAUCCAGACGGUCCCGUCACCACCCACAUCGGCCCACCCGGCCAAGAAAUCGGCCGUGACAAACCCAACGUAGCCGCCAUUGCGGCCGGUGUCGUUGCGGGCUGUCUCUUCAUCUUAGCCGUCUACCUCGGGUUCUGCAUCUACGUCUACCGCCGUCAGCUAGCGUUGUACAAGAGCCACGUCGCCGCCGUCCAGCGCUCGUCAAGCGGCAGCCGCAUAGCGCUCACCAGCGAUAAGUUCGGGGCUCUUCUCCCGUUUCAUUCCUCCGAGAACACUGAGAGCAAUGGCCGGCAUACAUCGUUCAGCGAGUCCGGGUCGAAUGUAGCCGCCGCUUUAGGGUCGGGAGCAUCGCAACCGGGUUUUCGUGGUUCAGCGGGGGAUUUUCGGCCUUCCAGCGGAUUUGCUGGCGCGAUUGGCAGUGCACAUAGCAGUACCGAUGACCUGCUUGCGGGGCAGGAACCGACGUUUUUGGGUGUGAUGUUGAAUCCUCGGCGGAGUUUGAGGGUUAUUAAUAAGGAUUGA